AUGUCACUAUUUUCAUUUCAAGAUUUAGAUUCUUAAAUAAUUUAUUCUAAAUUUGAAAAAACUUAAAUAGUUUCAUGGGAUGAUAAUAACCAUGAUAGAUAUUCAUAAAAUGGAGAAAAACCAUACUUCUUAAUUACAAAUGAUGAUGUCCUUGACGAUUACUGUAAUCUAAAAAGUCUAUGCGGAAUCGACUAAAAUUGUUAAAGCACAUAUGAUGACUAUAUUAAUUAAUAUAACCCAUUUAGAAACUAUGUUUAAUAUGAAAAGUCACAGUUCUCUACUUUUAGUUCCUCUAACUAUUACUUAUGGAAAAGUCUUUCAUUGGAUUAAAAAGAAUAUUUGAUAAAGAUCAAUUUAAUUAAAGUUUUUGCUCAUUCUUUUGUGUUCACUACUUAAGGAGAUUAUAUUUAAAGCACAAGUAUUUAUAUAGUUGACGAAAAAAAUGGGUUUCUUUUUGACUACUUUUUUAUGAGAAAACUUAUAGCUACAUAAGCUUUAAAUUCCACAUAUUAUGGAGGUCCAUUUACAUGCGAUAAAAUUAAUGGGGAAUAUCCAAAAUAUGCUUUUACUUCUCCAGAUUAAUUCGAUGGAUUUUAAUAUAAAGACUAAAGUCUAAAAACUUGUGGUAACUCAGAAAAUAAGUGUUCUUGCUAAUAUUUUAAUUAAAAGAGGCUUUUUCCAACUGAGUGGAGAUGCAGACCUUGGUAUAUUUAAGCAAAUUAAACAUUUUCAGUCUCAUAUACUGUUCCUUAUGUAGAUAUUUCAUUUGGUUUCGUUGCAAGCACUUGUGUUUAUAAAAUUGUUUUACCAGGGCCUGAAAGAAAUUUAAAAAGCAUUUAGGAUGAUUAAAAUUACUAAGCUGAUGCAAUUUCUGCUUUUGACAUAGAUUUAGCAAAUCUUUAAGAAAGGUUUAUGUAUAAUUCUACAAUAGAGUAUUCAUAUUUAGUUACAUCCGCAAUAACAGACUAGCAGUAACCUAAUGAUAAAUAUGUGAUAGCUCAUCCUUAAAUGGACAGAUAUUAAUAAUAGACCAUUUUAGAAGUAGAAUUUUAGUAUUCAACUAACAAAGAAUCAGAGUAGCAGUAUUACCUUGAAUAAACUGAAUUUAUGAAAGAGCCAAUCAAUUAUGAAAAUAAAUGUUCCUAUUAAUUCUUAAACAGUUCAAAUCUUAGAAUUAUCUAUAAAAACAAUACAGGCUUUAUUACUCUUUUUGCUCCAAUUAAAGUAUGCAUUGGAAAUUUAUUUGAAUAAAAAUAAUAUGUAGUUGCCUUUUAUGCAAAAGCGUUUUCCUUGUAGUAGUUACAAUAUGAUGUAAAUUAAAUUGUUGAGAAGUUGAAAAAUUUAAUUCUAGCCAUUUGUGAAGUUGUUCUUAAGAUUCAUGAAAAAGUCUAUAAGUAAAUGAAUUCUGAAAAUUCAGAUUACGAUAUAAAUCAAGUAAAAAUAAAACUCGAAGAUUCUCUAAAAACAUUCAAAAUAUUUUCUCAUAAAAUUGGAAUUGGAAUGUGCUUUGCAUUAUAUGAAUAAGUCUGUUUAAACUGCGGAUAGAAUAUUUUAAGAAAUGGUUAAUGA